AAGCUCCGGUAGAGUACAGUCUGAGCUGCAACUGACAAACGACUGACGGUUAACUUUGAGCCAUAUCUCACAUCCGACAGCCGUUAAUUAACCGUUUUAACGACUAACAGCAGUUAUCCAGUAUGUCAGGGAUGACAGCCAGCACAGCCAACUACCUGUGGUCUUUACAAGAUGUCCUCGGACAAGGGGCUACUGCCAGUGUCUUCAAGGCACGAAACAAGAGGUUGGGUGAGCUGGUAGCCGUCAAGGUGUUUAACACGGUGAGCUACAACCGCCCCCAUGAGGUCCAGAUGAGAGAGUUUGAGAUGCUGAGGAAGCUCAACCACAGCAAUAUUGUCAAGCUGUUCGCCGUGGAAGAGCUUCCCUCUAAACAGAAGGUGCUGGUGAUGGAGUAUUGUUCAGGAGGAAGUCUGCUCAGCCUGCUCGAGGAGGCAGAAAACGCCUUUGGCCUGCCUGAAACAGAGUUCCUCAUAGUUUUGCAGUGUGUGGUGCAGGGGAUGAAUCACCUGAGAGACAACGGAGUGGUACACCGGGACAUUAAGCCAGGCAACAUCAUGCGGCAGGUUGGGGAGGACGGCAAGUCCUGUUAUAAGCUGACUGACUUUGGAGCGGCAAGAGAGCUGGAAGAUGAUGAGAAGUUUGUGUCUAUCUACGGAACUGAGGAGUAUCUGCAUCCAGACAUGUAUGAACGUGCUGUGCUGCGUAAGCCUCAUCAGAAAUCCUUCGGAGUGAGCGUAGACCUGUGGAGUAUUGGUGUUACAUUUUACCACGCUGCCACUGGGAGUCUUCCCUUCACACCGUUUGGAGGACCACGCAGGAACAAACCCACCAUGUACAAAAUAACUACUGAGAAGCCUAUGGGGGCAAUAGCUGGAAUACAGCGGGUGGAGGAAGGGCCUAUAGAGUGGAGCUACCACCUACCUCACAGCUGCCAACUCUCACAGGGUCUGACGGUGCAGCUGGUUCCAGUACUAGCGGGUAUACUGGAGGCUGACCAGGAGAGGUGUUGGGGUUUUGACCAGUUCUUUAAAGCCACCACAGACACACUGCAGCGGCAGCCAGUUCACCUCUUCUCUCUGCAACAGGCCAUGGCGCAUUGUGUCUACAUACACCACUACAACACGGUGUCAGUAUUCUUUGAGGAGGUGGCGUCUCAGACUGGUAUAGCAGUUCAGCAUCAACAUCUGCUGUACCUGGGUCACGACCUCCCUCUGGAGGGCAACAUGAAGGUGGUCAACCUCCCUCGUACUUCACCUGACCGGCCCCUCAUUCUGCUCAGCUACGGGCCUGAAGCAAAUACCAGCCUGCCCUUCAGAGAACCCGAGACUCCAGUCAUCCCAUCCAGGUUUGACGUUAUGGCAGACUACAACUUCUCCAAGGUAAUGGUGGGAGUGGUCCACCAGUAUCUGAGGAUAGUACAGUUGCUGCACACACACCGAGAGCUGCUGCUGCAAGGAUACUACAGCUACAUGAUGAGGUUGCGCAGGGAGUGUGAAGAAGCAAUGCACAGUAUCGCGAUGAUCACCAUUAGACUGCAGUCUUGCCUCAACGUAGAACACAGGACUCACAAACUAGGCCAUUAUGAUUCAGAAAACCAAGGUUCAGCUGAAAGCAGGCAAAAGCUGCAUCUGGUCCGUGAGCACUUGCCCAUAUACGCUUCAGGAAUCCAGGAGUUUCAGAACCGACUGGAUCAUCUGCAGAUAGAACAGGCCAAGCUAGCAGAGACGCUGGCCAAUGACAAGAGCUGUCAGAAGAUGGAGAUGCUGCUGCCGAAGAUAAUGGCAAUUCAUCAGCAUUACCGUAAAGACAGACAAACUGGCAAGUUGGCAUAUAAUGACGAGCAAAUACACAAGUUUGAGAAAAUCCACCUGUCGUCCCACAUUAAGCGAGUGAAAUCUCUCCUUAGAGAGGACUGCGUGCAGAGAUACAAAGAGCUUUUGGCCUCAACGAGGACGUGGAGCAGUAUUUUACUGGAGAUGCAGACCCGACUGCAGGACUUCAGCUCUUUCUCCACAGGCUUGUUGGCAGACCUGGAAAUGAGUGAGCAGCGGCAAAAUAAGGCUCUGGACAGAAUCCUCUUCGCUCUGCAGUCCAAGCGAACAGGACAACCACCCGAGAUCGCCCCCAGGGACAAGGACCAGAUGGUCUCUAGGAUGCACCAUCUGAAGGAGGAAAUGGAGAUUUUGGUGAGGGAACUUCAGUGCAACAACAGCAUUAUUGAGAGUCUGGGAGCAGUGAACCCUGCAGCAGCUCUGGAUCCGAGCUUGGCCAGACCUUCUACACUGUGACAACAAUGCAGCAUCUUUGCAUCUUAACUCACAUCUCUCUCUGACAAUCACAUAGUUUUAACUGACACUCAAUGAACAGUUAUGGACAAUGUACCGGAUCUUCUUUCAAGGAGCGGCUGCAGCCCCAGCCCCGUGCUGUAUGAAGAGGAAGCAGCCGAAGACAAUCAAUAAAAUGUGAAUCUCAAUUUAGAGAUAAGAUGCACAGAAAGGAGAAAGGAAAUGCCACUGAUGGACUUUUAGUCAGUGUGUUUGUGUGUGUGUGGCUGGCGGCUGAGUACAGCAGUUCAAUACAAACCUCAUUAAUGCCUUUAGUGUUAUUGUAUUUCUAAUAGGCUGCCACAGUGAUGUACCGUCAGGAUAAGCCAAAAUGAAUGCCAAGUCAGCUGCUAGAGUAUUUUUCUAAGGCUGAGUUUCUUCUUUGUCCCACAGAAGAAGCACUGUGGAACCUGGAGAACCUUAAAUGAUUAAUUUAACCAGACUGACCCUAUGUCUUUCCGUCAGUCUGUCUGUGUGUGUGUGUGUGUGUGUGUUGAAGGAUUGAGACGUCUAUUGUCUUCUUCCUAAUGGUUGAUCAUUCCUGUGAUUUCAUUUCUAGGUUUACUUGAAUAGUGAUUGAUUGCAUCUUUUGUCAGCGACUCCAAGCACACAGCACUGUCGUUUUUGAAGCGACAUCUCUCUUCCUAUUGAUGUUUAACUUGAAUGAUAAGUUAUUUCUUUGUAGGUUUUACUGUAAAAGAGAAGUAUCUAAAUCAGGGAAACUCAGUACUCACCACCGUGUCUCCUUUUUAACAGAAAGUCCAGUGACAUUAGAGCAAAUUAUCAGGAUGAAAUGCCAGUGUGGUUCACGUGGUGGGGAAAUCCCAGGGUUUGUUAUUUGUUUAUAAAGGGGUCACAGAUGAUGCACAAAGUUAGAGAAAAUAAAAAAAAUACUUUUGUACUUAUAAACUUUUUUUUGCCAUA